GACUUGGAAGGCUCGUUAGACUGCUCAUUCUCCACAGACACUUCGACGGAGAGAAAUCCAGAACCUGCACACAAAGCAGUUGACUUGUGAUACAAGAUGUGAUAUGUCAGCGAUUGAAGAUCGGCAUCUACACCGCUGCGGGAGAUGUGUGUGAGUUUAGGCCGUUUCGAUGCGAGUUCAGGACGGACGGAUUUCAUGAAAGGAACAGUCUUUGCGAGGGAAAACAUGAGAGGCAUCCUGCUCCCCUGACGAUUCUCCGGGAUGCAGUCAUAGUCUGAGGCCGGACAUGAUUUUAAUCUCAGGGGUUGCUGUAGUGGAUGCGGGAUGAUGUGCGCCGCACCCCGAGCGAUAUUGAUAAGGGGAACACAGCUCGGUCCUUCAUUGCCCCACAGCCGAUCUGUAUUUUUGCUGGACUGUGGCGCACAGUGAUCAUCUUGAUUUAUUUAUUUUUUAUUAUUAUUUAUUGAUGUUUUUCCUCGGCUGGGACUGUUUGGGAGACCUUCUGAUGUGGAAGGACUGGGCUGGUAUGCCUGAAGGGAUCAACUGAGCACUGUUGCGCUCACCCGGAGGGAAACCAGGGCUGCUCACCUGGUCAUUUCAACACAACCUUUCAGCAUGGCUGAGAAGACGAUUGAGCAGGGCUCGGUCAGCAUCCCCAUGGAGGAGACCAAACUUCAUGGUGGAACACCUCAGGAGGCGCCACUGCUUACCCACCUGAAGAAAGUGGAGAACCACAUCACUGAGGCUCAGCGCUUCUCCCACCUCCCACGCCGCUCUGCUGUGGACCUGGAGUUCAAUGAGCUUUCGUACACCAUCCGGGAGGGUCCCUGGUGGAGGAGGAGAGGCUACAAAGCCCUCCUGAAGUGUCUGUCUGGAAGAUUCAACAGCAGAGAGCUGAUUGGCAUCAUGGGCCCUUCUGGAGCCGGGAAGUCCACACUGAUGAAUAUUUUGGCGGGGUACAGGGAGACCGGCAUGAAAGGUACGAUCCUGGUGAACGGCCGACCGAGGGAUUUAAGGACUUUCAGGAAAAUGUCCUGCUACAUCAUGCAGGAUGAUAUGCUGCUGCCACACCUCACUGCGAGAGAGGCCAUGAUGGUUUCAGCCAAUCUGAAGCUGAAUGAGAGCAUGCAGGUCAAAAAAGAGCUUGUGGAUGAGAUCCUGACGGCUCUGGGCCUUCAGGAGUGCGCUCAGACACGCACCAUCUCUCUCUCCGGGGGCCAGUGUAAAAGACUGGCCAUCGCCCUGGAGCUGGUCAACAAUCCACCUGUCAUGUUCUUUGAUGAGCCCACCAGUGGUCUGGACAGCGCAUCCUGCUUCCAGGUCGUUUCCCUCAUGAAGUCCUUGGCUCAGGGAGGACGGACAAUCAUCUGUACCAUUCAUCAGCCCAGUGCCAAGCUCUUUGAGAUGUUUGAUAAGCUGUACAUCCUAAGUCAGGGUCAGUGCAUAUACAAGGGCACAGUCCCUUACCUCAUCCCUUAUCUGAAGAACCUGGGCCUCCACUGCCCGACAUAUCACAAUCCAGCUGAUUUUAUCAUUGAGGUGGCAUCAGGGGAAUAUGGAGACCUGAACCCAGUGCUGUUUGAGGCAGUCCAGGGUGGACUGUGCUCAGAGGAGGGCAAGAAGAACUCCAGGGACAAAACUGACUCCUCCUGUCCCUCUCAGUGUCACAGUGACACAGGAACCCUUGAGAAGCAUAGCUUCGCCACCAGUACAUUCACACAAUUUUGCAUCCUCUUCAAAAGAACCUUCAUUACGAUAUGCAGGGACAUGGUGCUGACCCACCUUAGGGUGAUGUCCCAUCUGUCCAUUGGAGUGCUGAUUGGCCUGCUUUAUCUCAAAAUUGGAAAUGAUGCCAGCAAGGUUUUCAACAACACUGGCUUCCUCUUCUUCUCUAUGCUGUUCCUCAUGUUUGCUGCCCUGAUGCCCACAGUGCUAACCUUUCCUCUAGAGAUGUCUGUGUUUAUGAGAGAACAUCUUAACUACUGGUACAGCCUGAAGGCCUAUUACUUGGCCAAAACCAUGGCUGACAUACCGUUUCAGGUGAUUUGCCCGAUCAUGUACUGUAGCAUAGUGUACUGGAUGACAGAACAACCUGCAGAGGCAGGUCGCUACCUGCUCUUUAUGGCCUUGUCUACAUCCACAGCCCUGGUGGCGCAAUCACUUGGUCUGCUUAUAGGAGCUGCAUCCACAUCUCUGCAGGUGGCAACAUUUGUGGGUCCGGUCACAGCCAUACCUGUCCUCCUUUUCUCGGGUUUCUUUGUCAAUUUUGACACCAUUCCCAAAUACCUACAGUGGAGCUCUUAUGUCUCCUAUGUCAGGUAUGGCUUUGAGGGGGUGAUACUCUCUAUUUAUGGGAUGAACCGGUCUGAGCUUGAGUGUCCGGAUGCUGCGUGUAAGUUUCAGAAGCCAGAAGAGGUCUUGCAGCUGCUGGAUGUGGAGGACGCAAAGCUUUAUGUGGACUUCAUGGUGCUGGGCGUUUUCUUCCUGAUCCUCAGACUUGCCACUUACCUGGUUCUGCGCUACAAAGUCAAGUCAGAGCGUUAAGACGCCCAGAGGCACAAUGCUGACGGCUAUAGAUGCUCAUGAAUAUUCCACAAGUGUGAGAUAGCAAGAAAACCUAUAGUCUCUCUUCUUCAGUUUCAGCAUUACAAAAAUCGAGCACUCACAAUCACACAAUGCCGUCCUGCACCAUUACCUAAACUGUACAGUAUGGCACAGAUUGAAGACGUCUGUUAUAUAAGAAAAUGAAACGUUUAGACUGGGAAGUGUUGUUCCCCUGCCCACCAUUAUUGUCUGCCAGAUAAUGGUAUUUCUAAGUGAGCAUUACCUUUACCUUUAAUAAAUAAAAUAAAAAUAUUGUGUAUUGGCACCAUGAAUGGACAGAACAUCCCCCAUCCCCUCAAAAAUAUCAGAAAGCAUGUUUUAUCAAACUGAGAAAUUUGGAAAGUGUCUGUAACUUGGAGCUCCUUAAUCCAGUGCCUAACAGGUAUUUCAAGGCCCACAUCAGAAUCCACUUAAUUGACACAUAGAACAGCACCUAUCAAGAUGACCCUGAAACAAAGUUUCAAUUUGGAUCCCCUGUUAUUGCCACCAGAAAAGUGGAAAAUCUUUUUGUGCGGCUCAUCUUUCUCUCCUGUAGGGGAAUCUUGUCCAGGUAUCCUUACCAAAAUGCUCAACAUGAUAACUUGUCUUUAUGGAAUAGAAACCGACUGCCAGUGGAUGACUCUCCUCGCUGUCUGUCUUCAGCGAGCAUAACUUUCGCAGGCCUUCUGCCCUAAUGCUGAUGGCGAUGGGACACUUCGCCUUGGAUGAAGAGCUUGUGAAUAUGUUAAGCAAUGUGUCUUAUACAAAGACUGAUAUGGAUUUGCCCUGCAGCCAGACCUAUGACUCCUUUCUUGCUCAACAUGUUUGCUUCUUCCAUAACCCAGGAAGCAUUGAGUGAACUGGAAGCAACCUAUGUGAAAGCAAGUAAGCCGUUUGGAGCCUGAUGCAGAGGCCUGUCUUCAUUGCAGACAGAAUAGCAUUUUAGGUGGAGUGCAAUAGCAUAUAUUAUUGCUAAAAAUAUUA